AUGAUAAGUACUCGUCGAGCGACCUUGUUCGGAGAAGAGUUUUCAGGCUCAAAUGCAGAAGAUCACGCAAUCUACUUGCAGAUGAAGGAAGCCUUCCGUAUCGCCGACGUGCACCGUCGCGGUGUUGUAGAUGUCUCGGAGCUUAGUCUUUUGCUGGAAAAGCUCAUGCCGUACGCUGGUAGCCAAGGCAUCGGAGGAAUGGAACAGUAUGUAGACGAAUUCAUGCAGCUGGUGGACAAGGACAACGACGACAAAUUUUCGUUCAGCGAGUUCAUGCAGGCGCUGAACGAAGGUUUUCGACUGGAGCUCGAGAUCUACGAUGAUCAACCGCAGGUUCCGAUAGCGGACGUGGUGACGCCCAAUGGAGCACAACCUACUCCCUCCAGUGGCAUUUGCUUGCUUCAUAGAAGCACACUUCGACGCAACUCUAUCCAAUCCAUGCAGGCAGACGAAUCUGAAGAUCCCUCAACUCCUGGCAGACAAAAGCACGUUACUAUUGUUUUUCCGUCACCUCGACCUCGUCGAUCAUCCAAUUUCGUCGACAUGGCAGCCUACCAGAUGUCAAAUCUCACAUCUACCCUUUCCGAGGAUACGAGGCCAAUGAUGAACCCCAGCCGACGAUAUCUCUUCAGUGGUAUGUCAUCAGCUAGCGAAAGUUCCGCACCUGAAGCUUUGCUCAAUGUCGAAUCUUUCACACUGACAGAAGCUGCGAUGGCUUUAAAAGAGAGUUAUGGUGAGUGUUUGCUGGGAUACGUAGACGACCACAGCAAACGCGUAACGAUGGAGGAUUUCAAUUUUAUGAGCUGCGUCAUCAGCGCUUGUGAAAAUAUCGCCGAGAAUUUGACAUGUUUGAACCACUGGCGGCUUCAUAGACGACGACCAGUGCAUCCCGUGGUAGAACACUUGGUAAUUCUCAGUUUGCCUUGUACUCAUAGCGUAAGCAAAAGACUUACGUAG